CUCGGCACUUCCCUGGCCUGCUCGGUGCUCGGCCGUCCGCCCUGCGUUGCCGCUGCGCACUGCUCUUGAUUCCGCCGUCAUGUCGACCGCAAUGAACUUCGGGACCAAAAGCUUCCAGCCGCGACCCCCAGACAAAGGAAGCUUCCCGUUGGACCACUUCGGUGAAUGUAAAAGCUUUAAAGAAAAAUUCAUGAAGUGUCUCCGCGACAAGAAUUUUGAAAAUGCUUUGUGCAGAAAUGAAUCUAAAGAGUAUUUAAUGUGCAGGAUGCAAAGGCGAGUACCACCAUCACAUUCGGACCUGAGUUCUGAUCCCUCGGCAGCUGAUGGCCCCAGAGCCACUGGAGAAACUGGGCUUCAGAGAUGUGAUGGACGAGAAGCCAGAGACCAAGGACAAAUGCUGAGAAGAAAACCACAGGGCCGGCUCCCCAGCUGCCUGAAGCAGAUCCGAGCCCUUCUGCCCACAGGGCCGGGAGACCCGAGGCUCACCUGUGCUGCUCAGUGGAGGGAGUCCCCAAGGGGACUGGAGAACACCCCCAAAUGCUUCUUCACCUGUCCUCAGUUUCCCUUCAGACAGUGGUCUUAUUCUUCCAUCUGUGUAUGUCACAGGAUUCCCUCAGGGCCGAACUCCGAUGUGAUAUCCUGCCCAGUGUGGCCGUCACACCAUAGAGCCCCGGACAGCUUUCCACAGACGCAGCCUGUCACAGACCUGGGUCUCCAUACUAGAACGUGUCAGUGAAACCAUGUGACGGCAGAAUGUCCGCCCUUCGUGCUCACAGAUGCACACAUACCAGCUCUGUUCUUUUCUUUGAACCAAACUGGAAUACAAAGUAGGAAGUGGGAAACUGA